AUGAAUGGCAUGCACCGCGAAAAGCGACAAGAUUCCGCCCAGAACACAAAGCCUACUGAUGCAGACGCAGGUACCGGUGUGUUCGAAGCUGCACAGAACGACGCAUCACAAGCAGUCCUAGCGAACUCUGUUGCGGCACAAACGCCUGCUACUUCUGACGGCGCAGCAGCGAACGGCCAUUUGCCACCGGAAACCAACUCAGUCAACUCUGUGAUUAAUUCCGAUAAUACCGCAGCGUCUGAUGUAGCAGUUCAACCUCCACCGCCUGUUGCACCUGCCAUUGCAACUGUUGCUGCUCCUUCUCAUAUUGCAACAUCUACCCAUGGAGCCAAUGGGCACCAACUAGUGGUAAACUCUGUUGUUGCAUCAACCAGUGCUGCUGCGGAACCUGAUGUCGGCACAUCUCCUAGCGCAGUUAUCCCGCCCCUGCCACCGCUGAUGAAUGUUGCUCCGCUACCAGUUGUGGAUAAAACAACAGGUGCCCAUACAGUGACCUCUCUUCUACCAGCAGUGUUACCUUUCAAUAAUGGAUUAUCUGUUGUUGAAUCUGUUUCUACUCCUUCUGGUCAUAUAAUAGCGUCAAAUUCUGCGAUCCCGCCUCUAGCGCUGCGAAUUCCUGCCGCUCCACUAGGGAAUGCUUAUGAUGCCACGACCAUUUCAAUUGUGGCAAGUGCACUUGACGCAACGGAAAGGAUAAGACGUUUGAAAGAUGGUUUUCGCACUGAUAUGGCUAGAAUAAGCAAUCUGGUGCACGGAUCAUUGCCAGCAAAUGAUAAUUUGAUUGUGAAACACGAACGGGCACUGGUUAUGGCGUUUAUAAUGUGCUGUAUGUGGGAUGAAAUCAUGCAUAAGGAUCUGUGGCAGCGAUACGUUGCAAGUUAUUCUUCAAGAAAAACGAAAGCUAUAAUUGUGAAUCUUGCUUGGAAAAACAUAUCGGACGUUCAAACUACAAACAAAAUACCAGUGUCACCUGAAAUCAUUAACCAAGAUAUGGAGGAUAUGAAAGACAAACUUUUAGCAUAUACAGACGUAGCAGACAAACCGCUAACCCGCCAUCUUUCAGUAGCUUCGGCAGCGUACGAAGAAUGUUGUGCAGCAAUGGAAACAGAUGAUCUCUUUAAUGAUUAUUUGACCAAUAUCAAUCAUAAUUUUGAACUAGUGCUUGAUGAUAUAUACUUAUGCCAUAAGAAACUAGAAGAAAUUCAUCAAAGUAAUCCGUAUUUAUAUUUGACGUGUGACUUUUAUUAUAACCAAUCGCAAUCGACUAUGAAGGAACGUGAAGAGAAUCUUGAGAAAUAUAAAGAUCAAAAAGAAACAAUUCUUCACGCUUUUGAGAGCGCAAUCUCGCCGAAGCGACCGCAAAGCGCAAUUAUAAAAGCAAUGGGAAAUAUGAGUAGGAAAUAUUGUAAUCAACAUAUAUUCAAAUUAAUGUACUUACCACUCCAAAUAUGGAAGUGCGAAAAACAAAUACGUGAUGCAAUUGCACAAAAUGGAACUGAGCCUUACCAGCGAUAUGAGAAAAGUAUUAGUAAGCCAUUUCGUGAUAUAGUUCUCCAAGAUUGGAAAAACCUCGAAAGAGCUGAGCAGAGCUUUACAUUAUCAAGUUCAAUCGAAAUUGUUACAAGUCAACCAUUAAAAAACUUGUUUCAUCCUGUAGCAAUCAUCACGCAGAGUCCAUCUGUUGAGCCACUCUUCUCAAAUCCAGAUAGCACACAUGUUCCUGUCAUAGCAGCUGCGUCUUCACAUAUAUUUACUACUGAACACGCUCAUACAAAGACACCCACGCCUGAAGCUACGACUGAGGUGGCAUGUAAAGAUGCAACUGAAUCUGGAGAUGUAAUUAUACAAAAAGCUCAACAUAAGCAUGAAAUCGUAUCUCAACAACCAGUCCAACCUGUAUCUCAACAACCAGCCCAACCUGUAUCUCAACAACCAGUCCAACCUGUAUCUAAAAAAUGGACGGGUAAGGUUACACAAUGGAGUGAACAUCAGCAUGAAGCUAAUGGAAACGCUAUGCUUGCACAUUCAUCAAAUGAAACAACUAAGAAUAGACACAACAUGCUGCAAGCAGUUAACUCAGGCAAUAAUUCAUCACCAAUUUGUACGUUCUAUCAAACUUUGACGAUACUCUUCGUACUUUCUACUUUAAACGUUUUCUUUUGA